AUGCUGGCGGCUCUGCGAGUUGAGAUGCGGGAUGGGGUUCCUCAUGGCGAGGUGGUGAGGUCGGGGCGGCCAGAGGUCCAGAGCCUGGGUGAAGGCCGGAAGCAGCGCUGUGAGGAGCCCAUAGGCAGUAGGCUCGUCCUCGGUGGGGGAGAUGAUAUCGACGGCGAGGAGAGCCUGGCUAUGAAGGGUGUACCCAAAUGGACGAGUGCCCACCCAAUGGCCUCGGUCAGCAGCGUGUUAAUGCAGUCUGUGGAGCCCUUGGAAGACUUCAUGACGAACGUAACGGAUUUAUCACCUAUACCGAAUCACACUGCGCCGAGCGCGUGCGAGGUCCGCUUGGCCGUCGCCCGGCGUCGCGUGCUUGACCGGGAGAGGGCCAAACACGCUCCCGCCUUCCAAGCAACCGAUAGUAAUGUUCAGGAUCAGCUUGAUCAGGCUCAACCUCUACUUGAAGGCGGCAGCACUCCGAUUGAGCAUGUCGUCAAGCCCAUGCUCACCACGCCGGGCGAACACAGCUCCGAACCUAAGACCAAAAUCAUCGAGCUAGAAAAUAGAGUAGAAGUUAUUAAAUGUUCCAUAAGUGCGUCCGCCGGCAUCACCUCGGAGCAAACUCCGGCGUCUGCUGCUGCCGGUGCACUUAACGACCUCGUCCCGGAGGCGUCCCAGGACAGCCGCCUUGUGCUGCCGGUACUGGAGUCCCUCAUUGCUCUCCGCCGCUCUCGACUGAACCGCGCGGCACCACCACCGCCAUCUCAACAACCGCACCAGCAGCCGCAUCCGCCUGUGCGUCCCUCGACCAUGAGCAUGAGCGGCGCCGCCGCAGCCGCCACAGUCGGCGGUGACGGCAAUGCAGCGUCAGCCGCCAAGUCACCGGGCGCCAAGCCCACUCGACGGUUCGGCCCUCCCGCCCCACCUCCCACUUCCCAGAGCUCUGCCGCCACCUCGUCCGGCAGUACUGCGGUAUCCGUAUCCCAAUCCCAGCUGCGGUUCGGCCCCCUUGAGGCCCCCGUACAGGCCGACAGUCCGCUCGCGUCGUCGCCGUCUGGGAGCUCCGCGGCGGCAGCGGCGGCGGCAGCUGCUACUGCUGCUACGGGAGGCGGCGAUGCCGUACAUGCCGGCGCUGCCGCCGCCGCCGCCGCUGAGUCAGUUUCCCGGCUCCUGGAGGUCGACUCGAAGCAGCUUCAGCCGCAGCCGUCGCCGUUGAAGUCGCCAACGAGUCCCGCAACGGGGGGAGCGGCCUCCCAGGCCCAGGCGGCGGCGGCCGCGACGGCGGCGGUAGUACCUGGCGGCGGCCAGAUGUACGGCAAUGCAUCGACGUUGGCAUGCCGUAUAUCCCGGUUCUCACCUCGUACGAGCAUAGAGCUGGGGUUGGAGAGCGGCGUUGCCGAGGCUCCUGAAGACUCUGGCGCCACGGCCCGGUCCGUGACCCGACAAAGGGCGCUCCUGCAGGAGUGGCAGGAGUGGCGGGAACGCGGCGGUUUGGGGCCUCCGCCUGGUGUUGAUGAAGAGACGGACUGCUCCGAAAGCGGCGGCGAUGACGAUGACGACAGUUCGGAUGACGGCGGCGGCGACGGCGGCAGGCUGCUGCUGGGCCUUACCAGCAGCAGGCAGGCGAAGGAGGCGACGGCGGCGGCGGUGGGAAGAAUGGCGGCGGCGGCGGACGAAGAUGAGGAGGCGGAGGAGAACCCUCCGCAGAGUCUCAGAGGAAAAGGGUGGCGCAGCCGGCGGCGCAUCACGCAGUCCUUUGACUUGCUUGGGUUGGAGGGGCUGGCGGAGGCGGUGGUUCCCUCAUGUCCGACAUCCAUGUCCGCACCGAUGGUGCCCGCCGCCAGCCUGCCGCCGACGGCAGCGGCGCCGCCGACGGCGGUGGCACCGUUGUCGUGCAUGACGUCGCCUGUCAGGAUGAUAUCUUCAGUUCCCGCCUCAGGUCCGGGGACGGCGCCGCUAUCCCCCAUGGCCUCCCGGCGGCGAGGGGAAAGCGGCGGUCGCCCGGGAGUGGGUCCGCUCGCACUGCCGAUAUGGCUCAACAAGUCGUUUGGCGGCGGCGGCGGCGGCGGCGGCGCCGUCACUACAAUCGACGCUGUGGGCCCGGCGCCGCCGCUGGGAAUCGGUGACGUCAUGCCGUACGAGGACGGCAAUCGCACUAGCGCACCCGCCACACAGUCUCCCGGUGUUUCCACCGCUGCCGCCGGCGCCGCCGCCGGCGGCUCCGCGGCGGGCACGGCUACUCGUAUUCCGUCGCUAGCGGGCGCCAAGCACCUGAGCUUCACGAGCAAGUUCAACCGCUUCAAAGAACGGAUUCAGAGCUUCUCCCAAGGCAGGUCAGCGCUGACUGGCAGCGGCGGUGGCGACGUGACAUCUACGGAUCGGGCCUCUCCUGCAAUGACCGGCGGCGCUGCCGUACCUGCACGACCCCGCGUUGCCGUCAGCAACGACGGCCGCAACGCCAUCCUCUCCGCGGCGCCAUCGGCAUCGGACUCGCCACCGCAGCUCGUCAUGGCAAGGCAGGCGCCCCCAACCCCCGGACGGAAGAACAUGGCAGGCGCCGGCGCUGCGGCCGCCGGCGCUCCGGACUUGCAGAUUCGACCCACGGGUCGCGGGUCUUUUGACAAUGGCAUGAUGGCGUCCAAAAGCCCGCAGGCCCAGCAGCCGGGCGCCAGCGGAUCCCGCGCGGUGACAGCUCGGUACUCCUUGGACUCACGUCUAUCCACAUCGCGAGGCCGGGUCGUGCCCGAUACGGUGAACUCGCCGCCAGCGGCCGCCGCGGCGGCGGCAGUCGCCGUCGCGGUUGGUUCUCCUCCGGGCCCGGCCCCCCCGCCGUCGCCGCAUCCCCACGAGGCGCUGGUGGUCGGUGGUAACGCGCUGGGGGAUCGCGGCCGGCGGGUUGACCUGUACGGCUUCCCGUCCUCCAAUAACCCCGGCUUGCUGCCCCCGGUACGGCUGCUGUGA